AUGCAAUAGACACAGAAGAAAGCCGCUUAAGAUAUGUUAUGUAUGAUGCAAAUAGGGCAAUGAAAAAGAUGGAUAGAUGGAGGUAAUAUAGUCUAUUAAGAAGAGUUUCGUGUUUUGCUGAAUGAUAUUAGCUUAUUCGUGUAUUAUUUUUGUUAGACUAGCAUUGUAUUAUUAUUAUCACUAGUAGUGCUGUAAUAGUAUCAACCAAUACUACCGUAGGCUGCACGGCAGAUGAAUAAAAUAAUGUACGGUGCGAUUGAAACAAAAAAAUAAACUAGGUUGUCUUAUCCAUUCUCAUGUCAAAUUCAAAUAGCAGUCGGAUACGGGGGGAUUGCUGUUUCUCGGCUUUAUUAGAAACUAGCUAGAGUCACAUCGUAAAGAAUGUGUUUAAGAGUAUGACUGGCGUCCAGGUAACAUCCCAUAGACGUCUUUGUAACGUGUUUGGAAAGCACACUGUCCACGGUGCUGAAAUCUGGUCUCUGCCCGAUUUUCUCAAUGGACAGCGAGCACAGCACUUUCAGCCUCUCCCGGUAAAUAGUACUGGCUAUUUGUAACAAAUAAGAUUGCUUGAGAAAUGUUAAAGUACGUGCUCCAUUCAGAACCAACCAGCUGCACGGUUGGGCAAUUCCCAGUGGACAGCAGUACUGUCCAGCUACUACUGCCCAAUGAUCAGGUGUGCGCGGAUAUGCCCCGGGUGUCGUGCUCACGGAUCGUGGUUGCUGGGAUGAACGUGGAUGUAUUGACAGACAGCAGAUAUAGUAUGCCUGCACAGUUGGAACGGCUCACGCGAUGUGGCACAAUAUGGCACGCGUAAAGAUGGGUCUCUUCGCUCUCCUGUGUCUCCCCACGUUUUUCUUCCGCGUCCUCGUGCUCUCUCACAGCAGCAGCAUAUAUGAGCGGUCGGUGGUCCCUCGCGCCCUGGUCCGCUCCGUGGCUCGUAUGGAUGGAGACGUGAUCAUCGGCGCACUCUUCUCCGUCCACCACCAGCCGUCGGCGGAGAAAGUAGCCGAGCGGAAAUGUGGGGACGUCCGCGAGCAGUACGGCAUCCAAAGGGUUGAGGCCAUGUUCCACACGUUGGACAGGAUCAACGCUGACCCGAACCUGCUUCCAAAUAUCAGUCUGGGCUGCGAGAUCCGAGACUCCUGCUGGCACUCUUCUGUGGCCCUGGAGCAAAGCAUCGAGUUCAUCCGGGACUCCCUCAUCUCCAUCCGUGAUGAUAAGGACGGGUCCAAAUGGUGCAUUGACGGUACCCCGUCCCACCAACCUCCACCCUCCAAGAAGCCCAUCGCAGGAGUGAUCGGACCGGGAUCCAGUUCUGUGGCCAUCCAGGUGCAGAACCUCCUGCAGCUCUUCAACAUCCCGCAGAUCGCUUACUCUGCCACCAGCAUCGACCUGAGUGACAAGACGCUGUUCAAGUACUUCCUGCGGGUCGUAGCCUCAGACACCCUCCAGGCCCGGGCCAUUCUGGACAUUGUCAAGCGGUACAACUGGACCUAUGUGUCCGCCGUGCACACUGAGGGAAACUAUGGCGAGAGUGGCAUGGAUGCCUUCAAAGAGCUGGCCUCUCAGGAAGGUUUAUGCAUUGCCCACUCGGACAAGAUCUACAGUAACGCGGGAGAGAAGCACUUCGAUCGCCUUUUAAGGAAACUACGGGAACGUCUACCCAAAGCCCGUGUAGUGGUGUGUUUCUGCGAGGGCAUGACUGUCCGAGGUCUCCUAAUGGCCAUGAGGAGACUGGGGGUGUUUGGGGAGUUCCUCCUUAUCGGCAGUGAUGGAUGGGCAGACCGUUACGAGGUUGUGGAGGGUUAUGAGCAAGAAGCAGAGGGAGGAAUCACCAUGAAGCUGCAAUCAGAGUUGGUCAAGACCUUCGAUGAGUACUAUUUGAAGUUGCGUCUGGACACCAACUCCAGGAACCCCUGGUUCUCUGAGUUUUGGCAGUACCGUUUCCAGUGCCGCCUCGCAGGCCACCCACAGGAGAACAAGAACUACAAGAAAGUCUGCUCCGGUGAUCAUGGCAAUGAGAGUCUGCAUGACAACUAUGUUCAGGAUAGUAAAAUGGGAUUUGUCAUCAAUGCGAUCUAUGCCAUGGCUCAUGGCCUCCAUGAUAUGCACCAGGAGUUGUGCCCAGAGCAGCCGGGGCUCUGUGAGGCCAUGGAACCUAUCGAUGGCAGCAAGCUGCUGGACAGCCUGCUGAAGAUAUCCUUCAGAGGAGUCUCAGGAGAGGAGAUUUAUUUUGAUGAAAACGGAGACACCCCAGGAAGAUAUGACAUCAUGAAUCUACAGGGUGUGGGUGAUGAUCAUUAUGACUACCUAAAUGUGGGCUCCUGGCAUGAGGGCAUCUUAAGCAUCGAUGACUACAAGCUGUGGGUGAACAGCAGUGACAUGGUCCGCUCAGUCUGCAGUGAGCCCUGCUCCAAAGGACAGAUUAAGGUUAUUAGGAAGGGCGAGGUGAGCUGCUGCUGGAUCUGCACCACAUGCAAGGACAAUGAGUAUGUCCAGGAUGAGUUCACCUGCAAGGCAUGUGAUCUGGGAUGGUGGCCCAAUGAUGACCUGGAAGGCUGCCAGCCCCUGCCUCUGAAGAUUCUUGACUGGGCGGAUGUGGAAUCCAUGGUGGCAGUGGCUUUCUCCUGCAUGGGCAUCCUCAUCACUUCCUUUGUCACCUUUGUGUUCAUCCAGUACCGUGAUACACCUGUGGUAAAGUCCUCGAGCAGAGAACUCUGUUAUAUCAUCUUGGCAGGCAUCUUCAUGGGCUACAUUUGUCCAUUCACCUUAAUCGCCCGUCCUACAGUGGCCUCCUGCUACUUGCAGAGGCUCCUGGUGGGCCUUUCAUCUGCCAUGUGCUACUCUGCCCUGGUAACCAAAACUAAUCGCAUUGCCCGCAUCCUGGCAGGCAGCAAGAAGAAGAUCUGCACCAAGAAGCCCCGUUUCAUGAGCGCUUGGGCCCAGGUGGUCAUCGCCUUUAUGCUGAUCAGUUUGCAGCUAACUCUGGAGAUCACACUCAUCAUUCUGGAGCCUCCUGAACCCGUCAAGUCCUACCCGAGUAUACGUGAGGUCUUCCUCAUCUGUAAUACUAGCAACGUAGGCAUGGUGGCGCCACUGGGCUACAACGGCCUGCUAAUCAUGAGCUGCACCUACUAUGCCUUCAAGACGCGGAACGUCCCAGCCAACUUUAAUGAGGCUAAAUAUAUUGCCUUUACAAUGUACACUACCUGCAUUAUCUGGUUGGCCUUUGUGCCGAUCUAUUUCGGCUCAAACUACAAGAUCAUAACCACAUCCUUCUCCGUCAGCCUGAGUGUAACAGUGGCACUAGGGUGCAUGUUCACGCCUAAGAUGUACAUUAUCAUUGCGAAACCAGAGAGGAACGUCCGAAGUGCCUUCACCACAUCUGAUGUGGUGCGAAUGCAUGUUGGAGAUGGAAAGUCGGCUCAAUGCGGGACAAACAGCUUCCUUAAUAUCUUCCGCCGGAAGAAACCUGUGUCUGCCAAAGCCAAUUCUAAUGGCAAGUCUGUGUCAUGGUCUGAAUCAGGUGCAAGACACCCUCCGAGGGGAGGGAAUGUGUGGCACAGACUGUCUGUGCAUGUGAGGAAACAGGAAGCCGGCUUGAAUCAGACGGCGGUCAUCAGGCCCCUAACUAACACCGCCGACCCCCGCAGUUGUGCGCCUUCCACCUGCGACUUUGGCACAGAACCCCAUCCUCCCCGACAACCGCGCGGCGCUAAGCCUCUGUACAACCUGGUGGAGGAGGACGACGAGGGAGAUUCUCAGCGCCCUCUCUGGACCCUGACUUGCCCUGGACAGACGCAAGGGCUGGAGUCUAAUUUAGAUAGGCCGGCUUCUUAUUUGCCCCCUCACUUGAAGGGUAGCACCACAGAGCGCUUGCAGGGGGCUGUGGUGGACACACACAGCUCCUAUGUCCCUGCACUUAAUGAGCACACCGCCAGGGAGGCAAUCCCUGCUAAUGAGCCUUUGAGCUUGAACUCUUCGCAGCUUUUUUUGGCCCCACAAGUGGGGGUGUUUGAAGAAGAGGGGUCCGAGGAUGAGGAACUGGACCUCUUACACAGCUACAUUUAUGAUGCCAAGGAGGAGGGGGAGGACGGGGAAGGCGAGGAUUUAACUCAAUACAAGCCAACUCUGGAGGAUUCCCUAGCUCUGUCGCCCCCCUCCCCCUUCAGAGACUCUGUGUGUUCGGGGGAGUCUGUCAGCAACUCCCCCAUCAUGGAGUCGAUGCUCGGAAGCCCUUCGAGCUCAGUCUACACCUCAAACACCCUCCAAGACUUCGCACACAGCUCCUCAACACUGUGAGAGCAUAGCAGGUGCUGACACAUUCCCACUUACAGGUUCAUGCAAACACAAAUAUAUACAGAUACUGUACAACAUUCUUUUAUUAUCAUUUCAAAGUUUUUAGCAUUCAUCUUUUGCUCCGUCGUUUGGCUUGCUUGUGUGUACUACUCUGCUUUUACAAGUAAGGGUUUGAUCAAUAUUAUAAGUAGAGAAACACCAGGAAUCAUCCAUGAGUGCUCACAUUCCUGAAGGGCUGUCAGUGAUCAAAGCCUUUUUGUAAAAAAAUGUAAACUGGGAAGAGUGCCAAAACUAGUCAGCUCUCAUGCCAAAUUGUGAUGAAUUAAGCAACGCUGAGAAUCAUAAUGAAGGAUGUAGCUGUAGUUCUCAUAACGGCAGUGCAAUUAAAUGGUCUAGGAGAGACAAAUGGAAAGACAAACACACUUCAGUGUGUAUAUAAUCUAUGUGCACCGUAAGAUACAACCAGAUUCCAAACUGGCUCUUAGGACCGCAGUAGCUGAAGUGCAUUUCAUGCCAGUUUUGAUUAUCUCUGCUCCUCUCUGCUGCACACGUACAGGUCUGUUCAUGUGUGUAGCAGUCGCAGCUGCAUCGAAAAUUAUUCGCUUUUUGCCUUUUUUUCAUUAAUCAAUUUCACUUCAGCUUUCGCUGGUCUGACCUCAUCGCAAUUAAAGUAUACAAAGAUAUUAAUUAACAAAAAACGUGCAGUAAGUUGGUUGAUUAUUACUUUUAUGUGUUGCCAGAUGUGCAACAAAAUAUUAUCACUGAACUGAGAUUCUGCUGAAGACUCGCGCUGUAAGAUAUAUGACAUGGAUAUAAUGUGCCAAACAAAGUUGUUAUCAACCUACAUCUCUGCUUUCGAUUUUUACGAUGUAGCUGAUACAGGUUAGCGUGAUUGUAGAUGAUGGCGGUGUUGUUUAUUUAGUCUACACUCAAUCGUAACAAUGAGAACAAGUUUUAUGAGCAUGGGGCGUGAUAACAGAACUACUUUUGCUUUCCAUGUGGAUAUUUCUCAUGUUUUCUGAGUUUGCUGUGUCAUUGUAAUGAAAAACACAGUAUACUUGUACAAGUUCUCAAAGUUUGUAAUACUGUUAAGCCAUCUCUUGUUUUUCACACAGGUGGUAUGUUUGUAAUACUGAUAAAUGUUUCUAUAUUUGUGUCAACAGAAAAAAAAAGAGUUUAUACAUUUUGAAAAUGUCCUCAAAUACUUGUCAAAGAGCAGUGUGUUUGGUUUUUGGGUAACUUUUAAGCUAACUUGAUUGACUGUAUCCUCUUGAAAAUAUUCAGUUGUAAAGGUAACCGAUGAUUAGUUGCUUCUUGUAAUGAGAUUAUACAUGUUUCAAUUUUGCUUCAAUCUUGCAUUAUAAACAAGUAGUUUACUUGAGGUUAAGUUUCUUAGUUCUUUAUCUAUAAGAAUGCAAAAUUUAUUUCAAAGUACAAGACUAUACAGUACAUAGUGAAAUUGUAUUGUAUUUCCAAAUGUUUUUAGUCUAUUAUAGUGUAAGUUGUUAAAUUAUUUUAUCCAGUGUAAAAUAUAAGAGGGUGCCACCUGUUUAACACUGUCAAAUCUAGAGUGAAAUAGGCCUUUAUGUUUUGGGCAAGCUGAACAAUGCUGUAAAAUAAAAC